AUGUGUGUGUGUUCUCGGGUGGUUCUUUGCGUCUUUCCGAACCAGCGGGCAACAAUGGUUGUUAUGUAUGAUUUCCGACGAAUUUUACCAAGCUCUAGUGACGGGAUUGACGAAGAAGAUUCAAUCAUCUCCGGUGAUGUAUUCAGCCAACGCAUGUCGACUUUUUGGGAGUCUACCUUGAACCUACAAGGAAAUAGGUUUGAAAUAAUAGUGUUAUGGAGAUAUGGUCAGUUAGACCUCACUGAUUGUAAGAUGAUGAUGCUGGUUGUUGAGCUGUUUUCGACAAGGGACUCAGGUAUGCUGGAGUUGGAAGCUUCGCCGGAGGUGGUGAUGCUGUCAGAAUGGAAGUUUGAAGUCGACAUAAGGGUGAAUGUGGUUGGAGGCGCUGGAGGACUAAUUAGUAUUUGGACCUGGAGAUUUGGGUUACAAUAA